UAACUUGGAUACCGGAAUGCAAACACAAGACUUCCGUGUCAGAGCGAGAUCAACUACACUUUCACACUGCAAGGAAAUCUAUCAAAUUUCUUGGUCAUUUAAUCAAGUUAUAUAGAUUCGAAAAUAUUAUAUACUGAAUUUUUUGCUCGCAAAUUACGAUUCACAAUAUGGCUGAAUCUGUACUGAAUCAGGGAGGACUCUAUUUGGACGAAUUGACAAGAAAAAUCCGACUUUUACAUCCUGAUUUCCAUCAACUGACACAAGAAAUUACUGGAGACUUGGAAGACUACUUUCAAGUGUCGAAGGAUACAGAAACUGCAGCCGUCAAGUUGAAUGAUGCAUUGAAAGUUGUGGUUGAGCAGACAAAUCGUGAACGAAUGGAAGUGAUUGGGAAACGAAGUCAAAUUUUGCUGGCAAACAAAGAAGGAACCCGAGCUCAUCAGCAAAUGAAGGCCGCCUUACAAGAUCGACGUGACCAUCUCGAACGACUCACGCAACAUCAUGAAUCACUUCUUCGAGUGGAACAAGAACUCGAAGAUGUGCUGGUUUGGCUGUCCAAGAAAUGAGAAAUACAAUAAACGAAUAGAUACCAAUUCAGUAUAAUUAAAUUAUUAACAUUUUAUAUGAGGUUUGUAUUUGCGUUGAUUUGGUUUACAAUAAAUGCUGGGUCAGAAAUAAUAUAAA